AUGAGAGCCAGCUGUUUCAUCGCAGGGCUGCUCAUGCUGUUGUGCAACAUAAGUGUUGGCACGGCUAAUGGAUCUGAACAGGUAUCUUCCGCCCUGCUGCCAGUGGAGGCACGCAAUGCCGAUGCUUCUGGCGAGGAAGAUGUAAUCUCAACCAGCUAUGUUCUACCGAAUCAGAUCUUUAACGAUGGCAAGCCGUAUUACGCACGCCAAGAUCCGAUUUCGGGUCAAUUGGAUUUCUCUGCGAAGAAACCAGCUGGUAUUGAGCCGGAGGUAAACGAAGUGCUCAACUCCAAAGAGAAAAUUGUACUUAACGGCAUCUCAACUCCGAACAUUCACGACUUCCUCAAUCUGCCCGUUAAGUACUCGUCAUCAAAGUUUGUAUACCCUCUAGUCUCCAGUUCGUAUGCCAACUUAAAGUACCAAGGCAGCAAUAAGAACUACAUUACGAACAAGAAGCCGACCAUGGUGGCGGCGCCAGUCACACCUGUGCCACCCAGGUACCACAGUGACAACUAUUAUCCUGUAUCGACAACAAAGCUGACGGCCGUCACACCUACGGGGACUGCCCCAACAGUAGCAACCUCGUCGAAUCGUCCGACAAAGGUCAGCGUAUCAUCCACUCUAGCUACGACUAGCCAUCCUCCCACAACAACCACGACAACAACCACCACGACAACGACCACAAAGCGACCGACCACAACUCGUCGUCCCAUUCCAGUAUCCGUACCGACGACGGGUCAACCUAUACGCUUCAGUACCACCCGGAAAAAGUUUGUGCCGGCUAAGAAGCAGAAUUUGUACAGUACAACGAGCAGUAUUCCAAGCACCACAGCCAAGAUAACAGAACAGCAACUUCCGAAGCAGCAAGCCAAGCCCACAAAGAGUAGCAGCGAAGUAACCUUUACUACUCAUCAUCCCACUCCGCCCGCAGACAUCUUUCCCACAGAGCCGUCGACUGUCACCAAAAUGUACUCAACCCCAAGCAUGAGACCCCUUCUGCUUGAUAGUGAGCAUAGUGGUGCAGGCUCCAGCACGCCUCGCACUCUGACUCAGAGUGUCGACAGCACCAAGAUCCCCAAUCUGGACCCUGCGGACGUCUACCAUACUCUGGACCAGAAAAACACGAAGCUCGAACAGGAGCAAUCAGCCCAGCAAUCGCCCAAGCCACCAAUGACUCUAAGCGAAAUCUUCAACAAUCUGGCUGAGGAGGAGAUAGCAGUGGCAAACAAUUACCAGCAGAAUCAGGGCUUUGACGCCCAGGGCAAUCUGAUUGAACCAAUUGCACCUUCUCAGCCCUCGCCAUUUGCUAUGCACUCCCAGCAGCAGCCACGUCCAACAACGCUGCAAAACAAGAAUGUCCAGCAUGAGGAGCAGAAGGUGAUAGCAGCUAAUCCGGAUAACUAUGCCAAUCAGUAUGUUUCGUACCAGGUACAGCAGCCAAAUGUUAUGCAGUACCGGCCAAUGCCGGGCCAGAUCAACAAUGUGGUCAUCUCACCUGGGCAGCAAUCGGCGUCCUUUGUGCUCGGCAGUCAGCAGCAAGUGAGUCAUCCCAGUAACUUUGGCAAUGUGCCAAAUGAGGGACUCUACUCGAAAGAAACAGGUGGUGUGCAAUAUGGCCAGGUCAUCAACGAGGACAUAUCCAAUGUUAACCGAGCUCAGCCUCCGCAUCAACAACACCAAUUCCCAUCGCCACAGCAACCAGCUGCACCGAGUAUCUAUCAACAAAGACCAAACUAUCAUCCAAACACGCAAUAUCCAUCGAAUGCUAACGCUGCGCCAGCUGCUCCUGAGACUCCUCUAGCCGGAAGCGGGGCUGCACCGGGAAGUUAUCAAGAGUCGCCGCCAGAGGCACCCACUCCAUAUCAGCAGCUGCCACUGAUCGGCUCAAACUUAACACCAGCGAAGAAACAAGCACCUAAACAGCAGCAACAGCAGCAGCAGCAGCAACAGCAACAGCAGCAACAGCAGCAGCAGCAACAGCAGCAGCAGCCAAUAAUACCCAAUAGCCAAGACACUAAGGACCUUUUGGUCUCCACCAAUAUUCGAUUCCCAUCGAAUCGCGAUGAGUCGCUUGAGAUGCCCUCUUCUGUCGUAGCUCCCGGCCUACCGAAUUCCCCACAUAUUAAUGGCCAUGCACAACCAGUCAGCCUUCAGCAGCUGCAGCAUGCCAAUCCAGUGGUGUUUCCAAAGAUCAGCGACGAGAAAGCUGCUGACGCGAAUGUUCAAAUUCAACAGCACGAAGUGGUCAACCUCAAGCAGCACGAACAGCAAUUGAAAUUCCCAACACAACAGCCGAGCAAGACUGAACAGCCAUCACAAGAUAUGGUACCGCCACCUCGCUACGAUGCGCUGCACAAUUCCCAGCUCCAUUUGAAUGCAGGAAAACGUCCAAGCGAGCCAUCUUCGUCGCCCUUCUACAAAGAGUUUGACCGCAAAGCUCAGCAUCCGGCGGGUCCACAUACCAAUGGAAACCUGCCGAACAUACUGCCACAGUUCCGACCCAAUGCGAAGAUCUCCGUCGGGCAUCCUCCUAGCUUGAAACAUGAGCCCGGCAAUUUUCGACUGCCCACGCAAGGAAUGAAGAUGCCCUACCAUCCAUCGACUCCGCCACAGUUUUCUAAUAGACGUCAGCCGCUGCAGCAACAGCAACAGCAACAAAUGCCAAGUCGUUAUCCCAUGAGCCGCAUUGCUGAAUAUGACCAGUUGGGUCAUGCACAUGCUGCAGGGGCCGUUAACAGGCGAGUCUAUCGACUACCACCCAAUGGCGGGCAAAGAGUGCCUCAGCUGCGGGAUCGAAUGUUUUCUCGCCGACCCAGCGGUCCCUUGCGUACGAUCGAUAAUUAUUACCCUGUUGAACGGCACGCCCCAAUUACGCCGCAGCCUCUGAAGAUGAAUCCUGGUGACCUAGAAGAUUACGAGGAGGAAGAUUUGGUUAUUAAUGAUCCACCACAGGCACCCAACAAGGAUAUCCCGAACCCGAACGAAUCCAAAUUAGAGGCGGUUGUCACGUUGCAAAUGCUACAGUCCCAAAAGAAACCCUUGAAUGGAGACGAUACUGGGGCCGGCGAAAUUCAAGUGACAGCUGAGAACAAUCCCCAAGAAACGCUAGCAAAUUCAGCAAUCGAGCAAAAGUCGAAAUUCGAAACUGAGGCAAGUGGAAGUGAAAAAAGAGACACAAUGUUGCAUCAAGAAUCGGCUGCAGCUGCCGCCGUGGAAUAUCAGAAUACACCUUUCUCGGUAGUGCGUGAGCAGCCGCAGGAGCCCAUUUUGAAGAACAAGAAGCCUCAGUCCCUUCAGCAGCAGGCAAAGCUGCAGCCACUGCACAAACAGAAGUUUCCAUAUCCGAUAGAAAAGCCGGAUGCCUCAUACACAGAGCUGCAGCCACUGCGGCAGGGCGUCCCCGGUGUCUUAGUUGCACCACGUAUCAUCACAAGCGCCUUCAAUACCGGCACAGAGGCUCCCAUUGCGAUUGCAUACACACCGACAGAGCCUAACACUUUCAUACGCAAUGGACCAAUGAAACUGGAUCAGAAACUUCUCAACGCAAAGUACGCGGCUUCGCCACUGAGCGAAGCGAGACCCGAAACGCAAACUGAGGAAUUUUUAGGAAACGACUUUGAUUUACGAGGUCACAACUUCGAGAAAAACUUUAUGGCGCCCUUUUACCCAAGCGUUAGUUUGGGUGGCGCCAGCAGCGGAGUGAGUGAAGUGGCUAAUCCUGCACACAGCAACUGGAAGAUUGUGCAAUCGGCCUCAAACGAAAAGAUAUACGAAAAAAAUAAUAUCAAUCGCGCCGAUGUGGAGUCCACAGUAGACAACAAGGAGAUACAAACCGGAAAUUCCACUGAUGUUGCUACUGAAAAGUAUUCAGAGUUGGACAAUUUCCAGCCCCAAUUGCAAGGUGGCUUCAAACCCAUUUUCCCUGUAGACUACAUGAAAGCCGAAGCGGAAACCAAGGACAAAAAUACCGAACUAAGCGAAAGCAAUAAUAACAAUCCUAUGGCAUUGGCACUGAUCAGAUCGCAGACUACGCCGCCACAGAUUGUAAAUACAGUGACAUCCAUCUCGUCUGUGUCUUCUGGUAGUAGCACAUCCCCUGCAACAUCAUCAACAACGACAACUACGAAAAUGCCUACAUCCAAAAAUGACGGCGAGGCCGCGCUAUCAGAGACUUCAACAAAGGCAUCCGUGAUCAAGAGUGAGCCAACGAAGCAUACGAAGUCAACCUUUGAAACGAGUCUUGCUGCCCUGCUCUUCGGUGAUGAUGAAGAGCUAGAGGAUGGAGCCCGCAAAUCUGUCAAUAACGAAAACACACCAGCUAGACCUAUAAACGUAGCCCGCAUGGGUCCGCGGAGCCUAGUGUUUAGUUAA